AUGUCAGGCUUGCUAGGUGCCGGAUAUGAUUCCAGCGACGAUGACUCUACCGGCGUCCCCAAGGCGUCCGUGACGACCGCAACCAAGGUCGUUGCUGCACCAGAAGUCAAUACAGAGGAUCAAGCACACAUGCAGCUGACCCUCGCCAAUACCUCUUCGCAAGCUCUCACAUACAACGCCACUUACGAUGAUUUGACACGACCUUCGCAAGGUCCCGAAAACCCGUUCAAAUCAGCUGGUCCGGGCAAUGGCAUCAAACGCAAGAACGUUCCAACAGGUUUUGCUGAGGAGGGCGCUAUCAGCGAGUCCACCUUCAAUGUGCAACAUCGGACCUUCCAGAGUCUGGGAUACACCCGCAACCCGACUCUACCGGAUCAAUUCGUGGGAAAUAUGGAGAAUGUUGCGCAAUAUGGCGGCAAGGAUGUUAUACAAAUGAAGCCUUCGAAGGAAGUGUCUGCUGCUUGGCGCGGCAAGCGCCAAAAGAAGGGCGACUCGAGCAUCAUUGAAGGUGACGGCUCGUACCUGGGUCCGUGGGCGAAAUACCAAAAUGCACAACAAUAUGAACAGAUCGAGGUUGGCUCGGAUGAGGACCGUGAGCUUGCUAGUGAUGAGGAAUAUGUGGUGGCGGGAGAGGAGCCUUCUGCUCCUACAGCCCUGAUGCCGGCUAUGAGCAAAGAAGCUACAGACUACGGGGCCGAUUCCUCCAAAGAAGAGACCACCGAGUUCCACGGCUCAGAGGAGUUCGAUUAUCAGGGCCGUACAUAUAUGCAUGUCCCUCAAGAUCUGGAUAUCGACUUACGCAAAGAGCCCGGUACUACCAAGAACUAUGUGCCCAAGAAACUCAUCCACACCUGGAAGUCACACACAAAGCCUAUUACCUCGCUUCGUUUCUUCCCUGGAUCAGGUCAUCUGCUGCUCUCCUCUGCGGCCGAUGGCAAAGCCAAGAUCUGGGAUGUGUACCACUCUCGGGAGCUCUUGCGUACAUUCUCAGGCCACUCUAAGGCCAUCUCAGAUACAGAUUUCGAUCCCACAGGCAAAACCUUCCUCACUGCUUCGUACGACCGACAGAUCAAGCUUUGGGAUACAGAGUACGGUAAAUGUAUCGGUCGGUACUCGACGGGCAAGACGCCGCAUGUUGUACGCUUCAACCCUAGCCCAGAACAUUCACAUGAGUUCCUGGCUGGUAUGUCAGACAAGAAGAUCGUGCAGUUCGACACCCGAUCCGGUGAACUGGUCCAAGAAUAUGACCACCACUUGGCUGCCGUCAACACCAUUACCUUCGUCGAUGACAACCGCCGCUUCAUCACUACCUCAGACGAUAAGUCGCUGCGUGCUUGGGAAUACGGAAUUCCCGUACCAAUCAAGUUCAUCGCCGAGCCUUACAUGUUUGCCCUUACUCGUGCAACACCCCAUCCCAAUGGGAAAUACGUUGCCUUCCAGUCUGGUGACAAUCAAAUCGUCGUAUACGGAGCGACUGAUAAGUUCCGACAGAACCGCAAGAAGAGCUUCCGCGGUCACAAUAAUGCUGGAUAUGGUAUUGAUAUCAAGAUCUCUCCUGAUGGGCAGUUCAUUGCUUCUGGUGAUAGCGGUGGUUAUGCUUGUUUCUGGGAUUGGAAAACUGGGAAGAUGUAUCAUAAAAUUCUUGCUGGGGGUAAGGAAGGCGGUGCUAUUACCUCUCUGGAAUGGCACCCACAGGAAACCAGCAAGGUUGUCACUGGCGGUUUGGAAGGCGUUAUCAAAUACUGGGAUUAA